ACGCAGGUUACAAAUUGUACGCAUCGACCUCUGUGUGUGUGGUAGGUGCUCUUUGGACAGCCCUUUUGGAGGAGCCAUUUAGAGUGGGUCACUUCCACCCCAGGACCUCAAAAUGCCUCUCUGUGGACCCAAGUGCUCCCUCUGUGGACUGAUUGUUAGCGUUUGGGGCAUCAUCCAGCUUUCCAUUAUGGGCGGUCUGUUCAUGUGGAACAGCAUUGGUCUGAUCGAGGACCUGGGACUCGAGGAGCACUACGACACCACCGAGGAACUGUACAAGGCUGCCGACGACGCCUACAGCAGUAUUGCGUACAAUUGCUGGAUAGCGGCGGCCAUCUACCUGGUGACGCUGGUCAUAUCGAUGCAGCAGUUCCACGUGAACAAACAGGCGGGCCACUUCCAGCUGUGAGGGUAGCCGGCCGAGCUGCCACUGUCUGUCUGUCUCCCGGCGCGCACCUCCCGGUCGGGCCGACCACCCGGGUCCGGCCACUUGCAUCCACCCAGCCAGCCGAGGGAGGACGCGCCUGCCGAACAGCGGCCGGACCCGCUCCCUGUAGAUAAGGGCCCGGCCACUGUGAACGCAUCCUGUAACAUUAUCUGUAUAUAAUCAUGUUUAGAUGGAUUUACCGUGUGUGCGAGAAAUUGUCCUAGAAGAUAUGUUAGGGAGCUUGCAAUAUUAUCACGUGCGUGAUUAUCCGAUUAUGUGUCACGUCCUGUAUGUUUUGUGGAAGGUUUGCGGUCAGUGAGCGCCCUUUGUGAUUCUGUACUCUGUAGCGUCAUCGGUGGUCAACCGAACACCAUAUUGACGGUGAAGGAAAUCUGAGGUUACUACAUUCCAGGAGUUUUAGAGCUAGCGAUGUCAUACGAGUCUGAUGGAUGCAUAUCGUUUGACUGGACGCCGCCUGUUUUAGUCAGCGAAUGGCGGUGAAACCUUGAACCCCAAGGAAUAAACGCAACAGUCUGAA